CUCAUUUUACUUGAUUAUUAAAAUAUUUAAAAGAAAUAAUAUUUCAAAAAUCUUUUUACUUAAAUUUUUAUUUUAAAUGAACAACUUUAUCAUCCUUACACUAAUAGUGGGCUCUUCUUUCUGCGAGUUUGAUGAACUUUGUUCAAGCCUAAAUAAUACGAUGCUUAUCGAUCAAGUUCCUUUUGAAGAGCCAACCAAGAAAAGCAUCAUAGCAGCACAAGAUCAAUGCAAAAUGACCCAAGAAGGCACUGAUAUACGACCUGGGCAAACCAUAUCCAUAUCAAGCAAAUAUAAGCAAGGAGCGGAAAAUAUUGCAAGUAUCAGUAAAUGCAAUGGGAAUUUGACUGUUUCAAUUGCACUAAAACAAAAAAUAUAUAUACAAUCUGAAAAUAGUAAACCCGUCCUUAUAAAUAGCCUACAAACUGAAAAUUUUGGAUUAGGUAUUGGACCCAAUCAAGUCAUUAAAUAUUUGAAAAUUAAAGAUAAAUCAUGGGUGCGAUAUAUUUUAAUGGGUAUAGAUAACAGAAAUAAAGAUGACAUUUGGAUAAACGUAGGACCCUCAUCCAAAGUUGUCAAUCUCUCCUUCAAGAGAACCUAA